AUCUUCUACAACGAGUACCCAGGCGGCUCCAGCGAGCUGGACAAGAUCAUCAACGGGGGCGAGCUCUUCCUCACAGUGCUCCUCAACCCUAUUAGCAUCUUCAUGACGCACCUGUCCAACUACGGGAACGACCGCCUGGGCCUGUAUACCUUCAAGCACCUGGUGCGUUUCCUGCACUCUUGGACCAACCUCCGGCUGCAGACACUGCCCCCAGUGCACCUGGCCCAGAAGUACUUCCAGAUCUUCUCUGAGGAGAAGGACCCGCUCUGGCAGGAUCCCUGUGAAGACAAACGCCAUAAAGACAUCUGGUCCAAGGAGAAGACAUGUGACCGCUUCCCAAAGCUCCUCAUCAUUGGCCCCCAGAAAACAGGCACCACAGCCCUCUACCUGUUCCUCGGCAUGCACCCCGACCUCAGCAGCAACUACCCCAGCUCCGAGACCUUUGAGGAGAUCCAGUUUUUUAAUGGCCACAACUAUCACAAAGGCAUCGACUGGUACAUGGAGUUCUUCCCUAUCCCCUCCAACACCACCUCUGACUUCUACUUUGAGAAAAGCGCCAACUACUUUGAUUCGGAAGUGGCUCCCCGGCGGGCGGCUGCUCUGUUACCCAAGGCCAAGGUCUUGACCAUCCUCAUCAACCCAGCAGACCGAGCCUAUUCCUGGUACCAGCACCAGCGAGCCCAUGAUGACCCAGUAGCCCUGAAGUACACCUUCCACGAGGUGAUCACAGCUGUGCCCGACGCAUCCUUGAAACUGCGCGCCCUCCAGAACCGCUGCCUGGUCCCCGGCUGGUAUGCCACCCACAUCGAGCGCUGGCUCAGCGCCUUUCACGCCAACCAGAUUCUGGUCUUGGAUGGCAAACUGCUGCGAACGGAACCUGCCAAAGUGAUGGACACAGUGCAAAAGUUCCUUGGGGUGACGAACACCAUUGACUAUCACAAAACCUUGGCGUUUGAUCCAAAGAAAGGAUUUUGGUGCCAACUGCUAGAAGGAGGAAAAACCAAGUGUCUAGGCAAAAGCAAGGGCCGGAAAUACCCAGAGAUGGACUUGGAUUCCCGCGCCUUCCUGAAGGACUAUUACCGGGACCACAACAUCGAGCUUUCCAAGCUGCUGUACAAGAUGGGCCAGACACUGCCCACCUGGCUACGGGAGGAGCUCCAGAACACCAGGUAGCCACAGCCACCACAGCCAGACUGAAUGUGACGGCAGGGACGUCCCGCCACACGCUGAGCCAGACUGACCUGCAGAGUGGGGAGCUGGGCCUGGGCUGGCCAAGCACUUACAAGCAAUACUCUGCUGCAGCCCAGGUAGGGCCAGGAGAAGAGCCCAGGCAGGUCCACACGCGCCUCAGAGCGUCCAGUGCUGGGCUGGUGGCCUCUAGGACCUCUUUUGCCAGCCGGGGUCCAUUCUGCUCAUAGUCUUUCAUGGGGAGGCCACUUCCUGUCGGUGGAAGACCACAAGCUGGUAGGAAGGAGUCCACAAGACUCUGUUUUCCGUCCCUGUGUUCUACCCACCCUACCCUCUCCAUCCCAUCACUCCCUGCUCCAGUAGGGUGUCCACUCAGUAUUAGCUGCCCUAUUUUCCCUGUCCUCCAGACAGACAACGAGGAGAAGAGCCCAGCUGGGGCUUUUGCCAAACCAGGGAGAGAGAUUGGACGUUUCCCUGAUGGUUCAAGCCAGGCUCUUCAGAGGGGUCAGCUGGGAACCCAGAGGUGGUCCCUAGGCUGGGUAUGAGCGUGUCCAGCUCGAGAGAACGCUGGACCUCCACACCCGUUACUGCUUCAUACCUUCCCUCUUUAGAGAAAGAAUCGCUGGUUCCUACAGUACCCACCCAGUCCUAAAGGCCUCCUUGAGGGCCCUGGGGCACUGCCAUGCAUUUGGACCCAGAGACCCAGGCCUCAACCCUACCCCGGUUCUUCCCCCUGGGAUAUGACAUGUGUGGUGUUUCCUGUGGUAAAGGACUGAGGCGGUCGUGGAGUCGGCCGUAUACAUGUCCCAGUGUACAUAUGUUGUCCCUAAGCCCACCUGGCCUUGGCCUCUGGCAGAUGCGGGGCAGACUUGAUGAGACCGCCGUCCCUGCUGUGCGCCAGCUGCCUGUGGCCAGAGGUUUCUAGAGAGCCCCUUAACCUCCCAAAUACUAAGAAGCUAAAGUAUUUUAUUUUUUUUUCUUGGUGCCAGAGUUUAUACCCUGGGUGCUGGGGUCGCACUGUGUUACAUAUAUAUAUAUAACAUGUAUAUAUAUAUAUAUAUUAUAUUUUUUUUGGUUGG